GAAGAAGCUUUUUAGUCUACUGUCCUAGUAACUUUUUCUGGCAUCUUAUUAUGCCAUCACCUAUUCCUUUUAAUAGCUUUUUUCCUUUGGAGCUCUCCCCAUCUGCAGACUUGAGACCUUGCAGCAGCCCUGUAGUUAUUCCUGGCAAAGAUGGAAAAACCUUCCUAGAAGGGACCCCCUCACCCAGGACCCGCCGCCUGCCUCCGCGCUUGGCCUGGUGCUCCAUUGACUGGGAUCAGCUCUGCCUCCUGCAGCCCCUGGGAUCUGGGGGUUUUGGGGCUGUCUACAAGGCCACCUACCAUGGUGUGACUGUGGCUGUGAAGCAGGUGAAGAAGAGCAGCAAAAAUCGGCUGGCAUCCCGACAGAGUUUCUGGGCUGAGCUGAACGUAGCCCGACUGCAGCAUGACAAUGUGGUACGUGUGGUGGCUGCCAGCACGUGUGCUCCUGCCAGCCAGAACAGCCUGGGCACCAUCAUCAUGGAAUACGUUGGCAACAUCACCCUGCACCAUGUCAUCUAUGGCACUAGAGAUGUGUGGAGGCAGGGCGAGGAGGAGGAAGGAGGAUGUGGGAGGAAGGCUCUGAGCAUGGAGGAGGCUGUGUGCUACUCAUGUGACAUAGUGACUGGCUUAGCCUUCCUUCACUCACAGGGCAUCGUGCACCUCGACCUGAAGCCUGCCAAUAUCCUCAUCACUGAGCAUGGAGUGUGCAAGAUCGGAGACUUCGGCUGCUCCCAGAGACUGGAGGAAGGCUUGCUCCAGAGCCACCAUGUUUGUCAGCAAGGGGGCACGUACACCCACCGUGCUCCUGAGCUCCUCAAGGGCGAGAAGGUGACUGCCAAAGCAGACAUCUACUCCUUUGCCAUCACCCUCUGGCAGAUUGUCAUGCGGGAGCAGCCUUACCUGGGCGAACGGCAAUACGUGCUCUAUGCAGUGGUAGCCUACAACUUACGCCCUUCUCUGGAGGCCACCAUCUUCCAGGAGUCACCGGUGGGACAAAGGCUUCAGAGAAUCAUCAGCUGCUGCUGGAAGGCUGAUGUAGAGGAGCGCCUCAGUGCAGUCCAGCUGCUCCCCAGCCUCAGGGCCCUGAAGGGGAACCUCUAGGGGAACUCAAGGUUACUAUCUCAGCCCUUAUCUGGAACUAUAAAGAUCUGGCUGCUGUAGCUGAUACUGUCAUUCUCAAGAGCUAUACUUUAUAAGAAAGUAAGAGUGAAGUUUUGGUCCAGUUGUUUUUCUUUCCUCCCCCUUUCUUCCAUUCUGGGGGGGAAAAAAAUCCCAAAGGCAUUGAGCCAUUUUCCUGGUUUCUGACAUGCAUCUGUUCACAGCCCUGUGAAAUCCUGGAAAUGAGCAACUAUGUAUAUUUGAGAUGAUUCUAUAGGUCUUUAUGGUGUUUGGGUUGUUCCUUGAAAUCCAUGCUUUAUAAAGCAGAGCUAAGCUUAACUCUCUUUCUUUCCUGUUCCUCCUAAGUAGAACUAUAAAAUGCCUGCUGGAACUGAGAAAAUGUUGUAAUUUUGUUUGUUUUCCCAGUCAAAAUAAUUAUGCUAUAAAACCAGAACUUGUUUUACAUGUUGUAUAACUUUUCUUGAUUAUAAACAGUAACUAUCUUACAGGAGUUGUUAUAAUGAGCCAGUUCCUUUUUACAAUGAUUAGCUAAGGGCGCAUAAAAUAAACUGUCAGAUAAAGCCAUUGGUGCCUCUCACAUUAACUUCAAGCUGUAGUGGAUUCUUUCAGGGUAGAGUAAGAACUCUGCACGCUACUUAAUAUUUAGGUACAUUGUAAUGAGCUGUCAUAACAAUGUUGUUUUUUUUUUUUAAUAAAGGGCU